AUGAAUUAUUCAAAGUUUAGGGAUCUUGGUGAAAACGCUAAGUCCUCACAAUCUAAUCAGGAAUAAGAGCUCUAGAACUUGCACCCCACAAACUAAGAUAAUCCUAAUGAUUCUAGAGAAGGCUAGGAAAUUGACGAAGUUGAGCCAAUCAACUUAAUGAAAGCUGAUAGCUAUAGGUAAAUUGUAGAUAUGGAUCAGGCAUUGGAGCUCUGUGGGGGCUUCGGGAAAUUUCAGUUAAUUGGCUCUACAUUUCUGAUGAUGGCAAUGGUCUCAUCUGCCUUCUUUCUCUAUUCUUUUGCCUUUCUUGAGCAUAAACCUUAGUAUUAAUGUCUAAACUAGGAGACUUAGAUUUGGGAAACAUGCCUAUCUCUCUAGUUUUGUAACAAUCCUGAUGUUUAAUGGAGGAUAAACUUUGAGGACGGAGAGAGCAUUCAUAAUUUGAUAGAGCAAUUAAACUUUCAUUGCGAACCUGAUUACAAAUUAGGAUUAUUUGGUUCGUUCUUUUUACUGGGGAUUGUAGUUGGCUGUUUCACUCUAGCAAGAGCAGGUGAUAUCUAUGGAAGGCGGAAAGUGUUCAUUAUUGGAAUGAUAUCCUAAAUUAUUGUAUGUACAACAAUUUUGUUUUCAAAUAGCAUUUACUUUGACUAUGUGCUGCUUUUUCUGAUUGGCUGGGCAAUAACAGGAAAACAAUUUGUUGGAUUUUCCUAUCUUAUUGAGCUUCAACCUGCUAAAUAGCAAGUCAUCAUGGGAACUGCAAUGUUUAUGCUCGAAGCUGUUGCAUACUUAUUCAUCUGUGCUUAUUUUUCCUAUAUUAGCAAAUACUGGCAAUACAUCUAGAUUCCCACUAUAGGGUUUGCAGUAUUUGGUGUGAUCGUGGUUUACUUCUUCCCAGAGAGUCCGAGAUUUCUACUCAGUCAGAAUAGAUUCACUGACCUCAGAGACACUCUAAACACCAUUGCUAGAAUCAAUGGAAAGAAUCCGAAAACAGCUAAUGACUUUUAAUUCAAGGAAGAGUAGACUUAGAAAAACCUCCUGAAUUAAAAGUUUACUAAUAAUCCUGACUUUAACGAUGAACCUAUGUCUAGCUCUCAUAGUCUCAAGGAAUUAUGUUUAGAUAAGACUCUAAGGAACAACUUGAUAUUCUCCUGCAUAAUAUGGUCAUGCUCAAUGUUCAACUUCUACCUUAUAACAUUCUACUUGAAGUACUUCCCUGGGAGUAUAUUCAGUAAUUCCAAAUGGUUUGCAGUCUCUGAUUUCAUAUCCUUCUUGAUUUCUGGAAAUAUCCUCAAGAGGACUAACCCAUAGAAGACAUUAUUUUGUUCAUAUCUAUUCUCUGGACUUGGAUCAUUGACUUAUUUGCUAUUUUAUUGGGAUGUGAGAUUAGUACCACUGUUUAUCCUGAUGAGCAGAAUAGGCAACAGUAUGGCAUUCAACACAGUAUAUGUUUCUAAUAACAGGUUAUUUCCUACCAAGUUCAUGACUUCUACAUACGGGAUCGUCAAUUUCGUAUCUCAUCUGUAUGCUAUUGGAGCACCAUUAAUGGCUGAGAUUUCUGACCCUUACCCUUUCACUGCUUUUCUCUUGCAUUCUUGCAUUGGAGCUAUUUGCUCAUUUUUCUUAAAGGAAAUAAAUAAAGAAUAAAAACAACCUGAGACUGUAAUGAUUCAUUGA